GGUAAAACCGGCCACAUAUUCUCACACUACACUCCAAAAGCGAGAAAAGCCGACAAAACCCGUUCGUUCAGAGACACCUUUGCCGUGGCCCUCAUCGUGCUUGAGUUUUUCUGGUGAAAGUAGACCGAUCGGAUUUACAGUACCAACUAGAAAGUCCAGUUCCACCAACCGAGAUGUCACAGGAUCAUGACAAUAAGAGGCCGGUCCUGUUGUUGCAGAAUGAGCCCAGCUACGGUCAGCGUCGGCCCUACACCAACGAAGACGAGGCGUGGAAGUCGUUCCUGGAGAACCCCCUGACGGCCGCCACCAAGGCAAUGAUGAGCAUCAACGGGGACGAGGACAGCGCCGCUGCCCUGGGCAUGCUCUACGACUACUACAAGGUGCCCAGAGAGAAGAGAACAAUAUCCCAGACCAAGACAGAGUCAAUGGGCUCUGAUGUGGAUCCCAACAAAAGGUCCAUGCACUUGAUGGCCCCCCUGCAGGAAGCUUCCGUGGCGUCAGUGGAGAGCAGGAUCCAGUUCCUGAAGGGCCCCAUCAACAUCCUGCUGCCCAACCAGCUAACUGGCCAGGACAACAAGAGAGGGGUCCUUUUCCCCUCCCCGGACACCACUGUCACAGUCUCCAUCGCCCCCAACUACCCCAACGUCAAGAUGGAGGUGCCCUCCCACAGCUUCCACUGUGCCGAGUCCGACAGCCACACGGCAGAGUUCGCCAGGCAGCUCACACACAGCCAGUUCAGCCCUAGUACCCAGCCCCGUACCCCCGACUCCACCUUCCCAGAGACCUACAAGGAUGGUUCCCAAGAGGUGUUCUCCUUCCCAGGGGAUCUCCAGUUACGCAUGGCCUCCAUCUCGACAGAGGAAUGCAGCGUGUUUGACACUGUGCCGGGGAAUCAUUUUGAGUACACCCUGGAUGCUUCCAAGUCGCUGCGUCAGAAGACUGGUGACGGUACCAUGACGUACCUGAACAAGGGCCAGUUCUACCCCAUCAGCCUCAGGGAGAUCGACAACAGCAAGCUGCGGCACCCCAUCAGCAAAGUCAGGAGUGUGGUGAUGGUGGUGUUCGGAGAGGAGAAGUGCAGAGACGACCAGCUGAAGCACUGGAAGUACUGGCACUCCAGACAGCACACAGCCAAACAGAGGUGUCUUGAUAUUGCUGACUACAAAGAGAGCUUCAACACAAUCAGCAACAUUGAGGAGAUCUCCUACAACGCCAUCUCCUUCACCUGGGACAUCAAUGAGGAGGCCAAGAUCUUCAUCUCGGUCAACUGUCUGAGCACAGACUUCUCUUCCCAGAAGGGUGUGAAAGGCCUACCCCUGAACCUGCAGAUAGACACCUACAGCUACAACAACCGCAGCAACAAGCCCAUCCACCGGGCCUUCUGCCAGAUCAAGGUGUUCUGUGACAAGGGAGCUGAGAGGAAGAUCAGAGACGAGGAGAAGAAGCAGUCCCGUAGGAAGGGCAAGAGCACCGACCUCAACACCAGUCUGGGAUCAUAUGUGGACGUUAAAGUCCCUUUCCUUCAGAAGCGUAAUGAUGUCACAACCUUUAAGAUGAUGUCUGACUUUGAGACCCAGCCGGUUCUCUUUAUCCCUGACAUCCACUUCUCCAUCUUCCAGCGCCAUCCCUUCUCACAAGAAGAUGGAGAGGAAAGUUCGGGCAUGAAGAGAUCGCUCUACGCCGAGGAUGAGUUUGGUUCACCUUCCAAUAAGCUGGCCAGAAUGGACAAGCCCAAGAAAGUUCUGCUGUACGUGCGUAGGGAGACAGAGGAGGUGUUUGAUGCGGUCAUGCUGAAGAACCCAACAAUGAACGGGCUGGUGGAAGCAAUAUCUGAGAAAUACAACGUGCCGCUCCAGAAAGUGGGGAAAGUCUACAAGAAAUGCAAGAAAGGGAUUCUAGUCAACAUGGAUGACAACAUCAUCAAACACUAUUCCAACGAAGACACCUUCCAGAUCUCUAUGGAGGAGCUAGGGGGCAUUUAUAAACUCACCCUGACUGAAAUCUGAUUGGCCCAAAGGGAGGGGUGGGGAGUGAUUGACAUUAUCACCGCUCAGUCCGCAAAGAGUGUGGCGAUAGGGCAGCUUGUAAAGUUGUUGUAAAUGUAAAGACUCUUAGUUUACAGAUACACAUGGCAUUGGCCCAGGCAUCAAAAAUGGACAGAAUGUCUCAGACAUUAGCUGUAUCUACAGUCCACUAGCCUGGUCCCAGAUCUGUUGUUAGGCUUACCAAUGAUCAUCACAUUGUUUCGAGACAGCAUAGACAGAUCUGGGACCAGGUUUAAACUGUCCACCUGUCUGAGAGUCUGUGUUCUUCUUUAUUUGUCAUGUCACUAAUCCAAGUUACAAAGCCACUGCUCUUAUGCCACGAUGACAUUCUGUCGAUGGCUUGAUGUAGACUUUUCAUACUUUUUUGAUACUUUUGUAUUUAAGAAUUGAGUCUGACAAGAAGUCCUCUUAGCUAUGUCUUAUAGGUAUGCUGAGGCCAUUUGAGAAUCUUUGUUUAUUUGUGUGGCGUGUCUCUCAGUAUCUUUGUGUUGUAUAUGGUAUAAGUGAAAGCAUCAGUCUAAUAGUGCAUUGCUUUUGGCAUUAGCGUCAUAGUGAUCUGGAGAUGUAUGCAAUCGUUUAGCCUGGUCCUCGAUCUGUUUGGUCUGUCUUGCCAAUUCAUGUGGGGAUUGUCAAGCCAGACAAGGCAAGACAGUGAAAACACAACUAUCCUUAUGCCUCAGGCUGCAUUAUAUCUGCCCCCUUGGAAAGGGUUGUCACUAGUUACCACAGCCACAAAGUCCAAAUUGGCUAUAUUGUAAAAUUAAUGAAAACUAAAAUGCAGCUUUUUGGUCUUAAUUUAAGGUUAGGGUUAGGAAUAAGGUUAGCUUUGUGGUUAGGGUUAGGAAUAAGGUUAGCUGUGUGGUUAGGGUUAAGGUUACGGUUCGGGUAAGGUUUAAAAUCAGAUUUUAAAGAAGAGAAAUUGUAGAAAUAGCCUGGGUUUAGCCAUAACUAUGACUAUGUGGUAACUAGUGACGAACCUCGGAAUGCCAUAGUACUGAAGACAGAUCUUAAUCUAUUAAAUUAGGAUAUCUGUUAGGAUAUCUAUUAGGAUAUUUCGCACACAAGGUGAGUGCAAACGCGUAUUGUAAAUAGAGAGGAUGGAUUGGCCUGGUUGGCUUACUCACUGUAUUGAUACUAAACAUCCUGGCAGUAUUUAGUAUGUAUGUAAUGUACACACUACCACAGUCUGGCAGUUAGUAUGAUAUAAUCUGUGUUUGUUGCUACUGUAUGUGUGUUUUGAGAAUGAGCAUGUAAUGUAUGUGUGUGUCAUAUGGAUUCUGGAUAGAAGGGAGAGCAGACAUUUUCCCUCAUACUGCUUUAGCAUAUGGCCUCUUCAUAAGUAUUACAUGUCAAAAAAUUAUAAUAAGAUAAAAAUGUAUCAACCCUUCUGU